AUGGUUCGCAAGAUAGGUCGUCGGGCACGCAGCCCUUCCACGACCUCUUCCUCUCUACCAGCCUCCUAUGCUCAUUCUGACCUUACGCACCGACUCGUCGCCUCACUCGAAGCGCUGAACGACGGUCCGUUACCUUCGCUUGUCGUGUUUGAUCUGGACUAUACGUUAUGGCCUCUGUGGGUGGACACACACGUUGACGCUCCGCUCUCACGGCGUGGCUCGGACCUGAAUCGCGUCUACGAUCGCAACGGUCAACCGCUGCAGUUCUUCCCGCACGUCCCUUCGAUCCUCUUCUGGCUCCAGCGUCGAGGCAUACCGAUUGCGAUCGCGAGUCGAACAAGCGCACCCACUGCUGCACGUCAAGCCCUAAACGGCCUCCACCUCGUCAACGAUUCAAACAUCCUUACGAGCGACGAACCAAAGGUCCAAAGGGCAGCGGGCCUGUUUGAAUACGAACAGAUCUAUCCAGGCAGCAAAUUAACCCACUUCAAGCGGUUACAGCAAGACUCGGGCGUAGAGUAUCAAGACAUGCUGUUCUUCGACGACGAACAUCGUAAUGCCGAAGUAGGCAAGCUUGGGGUACACUUUGUGCUUGUUGGUCAUUCGGGUACCGAUCUGGGUACCUUCGAAAAGGGUAUCCGCGAAUGGCGCGCCAAACACCAAGCCCGUGCCCAAUCCGACGCACAAGACUCAUAG